UUUGCACGCUCUCCACUUUGAUAUUAAGAAAGGCAAAUGGAGCAAGGAAGAAGAAACAAAAUUGGUGGAGCUGACAGAAAAAUACGGCGUGGGUCAUUGGGCAGAAAUAGCCUCCGAAUUGCCCCAUCGGUCAGGAACGCAAUGUCUCAGCAAAUGGAAAGUGCUUUUGGGAUACAGGAGGAACCGGAAGCAGAGCAAGAAGCCCCCCCGCCGGAAGCAGGUCCCGAGGGGCAGCGCCAGCCCUUUGGAGUCGUCCAGUGACACUUCGGACCUGGAUUUGGACACAGAGAGCGAAGAGGAGGACGAGGGACGGAAGAAGAAGGAGAAGGAGAGGAGGUCUUGGCGGGUACCAGACCUUGACUUGUGGGUCCCAACCAGGAAGACGCCGAAUGGGCCGCCAAAGAGGUGCAACCGGAAGGAGGGAUCCCCCAACCAGGUGCCAGACCUUGACUUGUGGGUCUCGACCAGGAAGACUCCACAAGGGCCGUCAAAGGGAUGCGACCGGAAAAAGGGCUCCCCUAAACAGAUGGCCAAAUACACAAAGGAUUCCUGGAAGGUUUCCUUGCCCUUUGUGAGAAGCGUCUUGAGAAAAAAUAGCUAUGAGCAGCACAGGAAGAAUAGAGAGAUCCAACGGAGGAAACGUUUCGCCGCCGUCUCGACUUCCCAGGCCCCGCCCAGACAACCUUUGACCCCCGGAGGGAGGGGCCGGGCCUGGAAGACCUCCCUCCACCGCCAGCUGAUGAUGGCCGUGACCCCGUGGGCCGAGGGGCGCGUCCAAGAACGGAGGCUGCGGGCCACGCAGGAGGCGGGCGUCACCUCCAAAGCGGAAUUCAUCUCCAAGGCCCUGCAAUCGGCCCGUCUCCCCAGCACCCCUUUCUUCACCCUCUUCAUCCAGCUGUUGCGCAUUGAUGUCGGCGGGUGCAUGAAGGUCAUCCAGAAGCAGAAAAGCCGGCCGACGGGGAACCUGAAGUCUGUCGUUGCGAACAAAAGAUGGACCAAGCAGGCUUCUUCAGAUUCGACAGGUAGCUACCUACCUGUAGCUCCAUCCUCUUCCUCCUCGGAAGCCCUUCCUUGCCGCCCGGCUGCCAAACCCAGAACCGUCUCCGAACUCCUUCGGGAGAAGCGGCUCAGGGAGGCCCAGAAGGCCCAGCAGAGCAGGACUCUCCUGGCCCCAAAUUUCCUCCUUCGGCCCCAGAGCCCAGCGCCGAAUCUCCAGAUCUUGUUGCCGGAGCGUCCCAAUCUCCAGAUCCCAGCGCCGAAUCUUCAGAUUUCUAUGGCAGAGCGUCCCAAUCCCAGUUUCCAGAUGCCAGUGAUGGAGCGUCCCAGUCCAGCGCCGAAUCUCCACAUCCCAAUGGCGGAGCACCCCAACACAGGACCAGAUCUCCAAAUCCCAACACCGAAUCACCAAAUCUCAGUGGCAGAGCAUCACAAUCCAAGUCUCCAGACAUCAGUGGUGGAAUGGCCCAAUCUCAACCUCCAGAUCCCAGUGGUGGAGCGUUCCAAUCCCAACCUCCAGAUCCCAAUGGCAGAGCACCCCAACACAACGUCAGAUUUCAAGAUACCAACACCAAAUCUCCAGAUCUCAGUGGUGGAGCAUCACAAUCCAAGUCUCCAAACAUCAGUGGUGGAGCAUCCUAAUCCCAGCCUCCAGAUCCCAAUGGCGGAGCACCCCAACACAACGCCAAAUCUCCAGAUCUCAGUGGCAGAGCAUCACAAUACAAGCCUCCAAAAAUCAGUGGUGGAGUGUCCCAAUCCCAACCUCCAGAUCGCAGUGGCAGAGCAUCACAGUCCAGGUCUCCAGACAUCAGUGGUGGAGUGUCUCAAUCCCAACCUCCAGAUCCCAAUGUUGGAGCACACCAACACAACGUCAGAUCUCCAGAUACCAACACCGAAUCUCCAGAUCUCAAUGGCGGAGCAUCACAAUCCAAGUCUCAAAACAUCAGUGGUGGAGCAUACCAAUCCCAACCUCCAGAUCCCAAUGUUGGAGCACACCAACACAACGUCAGAUCUCCAGAUACCAACACCGAAUCUCCAGAUCUCAGUGGCGGACCAUUCCAAUCCAAGUCUCCAAACAUCAGUGGUGGAGCAUACCAAUCCCAACCUCCAGAUCCCAAUGGCGGAGCACCCCAACACAACGCCGAAUCUCCAGAUCUCAGUGGCAGAGCAUCACAAUCCAAGCCUCCAAACAUCAGUAGUGGAGUGUCCCAAUCCCAGCCUCCAGAUCCCAGUGGUGGAGCAUCAUAGUCUAGGUCUGCAAACAUCAGUGGUGGAGUGUCCCAGUCCCAAACUCCAGAUCCCAAUGUUGGAGCACCCCAACACAACGUCGGAUCUCCAGAUCCCAACACCGAAUCUCCAGAUCUCAAUGGCAGAGCAUCACAAUCCAAGUCUCCAAACAUCAGUGGUGGAGAGUCCCAAUCCCAGCCUCCAGAUCCCAGUAGCGGAGCAUCAUAGUCCAGGUCUCCAGACAUCAGUGGUGGAGCAUCCUAACCUUCAGAUCCCAAUGGCGGAGCACCCCAACACAACGCCAAAUCUCCAGAUACCAACACCGAAUCUCCAGAUCUCAAGGGUGGAGUGUUCCAGUCCAAAUCUCCAAACCUCUACACCUAAUCUCCAAAUCCCAAUGGCCGAGCGACCCAAUCUCCAUCUUUCUCCAAACCCCCACAACGUGAGCCUGGGAACGCCUACCUCCAACUCCCAAGGACUUCCUGUUCCUUCGAACAAACAUGGCUGCUCCGCAACCCCUCCGCCCGUGGCGCUGUCCCUCUCUUGGGUCCUGACCCCGCAAGGCCUGCUCCCGGUGGUGCACCUCCCCGGUCAAACUGGCAACCCUAUAACCUGUCCGGUCACAUCUACACAAGCCUCUGCUUCCAGCGAAUCCCACAACACCCCUCCAUUUACCGCCGUUUCUUCGGAAGCCGUGCUGAGGCAUCCCAUUUCGGGGGACCCUCCCGGGAAGGCCUCCCUCGAUUACCGCCUCCUUUCCACCGAAGACACCGCAACGGCAAAGCGGUGGUCGCAAGGGGAAGGGGGCCCCUCCGGGUUGCCCUAUUUGCCACCAUUCCUCUGCAGCCUCCGGACCCUCUCUGCGCUGCUGCAACUCAAAGAGUCCCUGUUGCGUCAAGCCGCCUCGCUCCGGGUGCCGGAAGGAUCCGGAGAAACGGGGUUCCGGACCUUGGUGCGGCAACGGCUGCAAGGAAACCCGGCCUACGAGCUCCUGAAGGGCCGCUUCUUGGCCGCCUUUGCCUUCCCAGCCGCUUUGGCGACGCUGCCUCCUUUCCGGGUGACCACCACCAUUUCCAGGGCGGAUCUGGACCCAUCUUCAGAAGAAACAGAAGAAGAAGAUGAUGAAGACGACGAGGAGGAGGUUGAGAGAGAGCCACACGAAACAGAGAGGGACAGCCCUGGAAAGGCAGCCAACAGUCGCAAAAGCCCUACGGAGCUGAAGGAGUCCGGUGCUGAAGUUUCGAAUCCAGAGCCUUUCUUGAUUCGGAGAAGUUCCCGCCUCCAAAAAAGGAAGAAUCAGCUCUGAAAGACCAGGCAUCAGACCUUCAGGCACCAGCUGCUUUGCCCCAAAAGAGGAAUAUUUCCAACACUGACCACCAACACUUAAGUCUUGCCUCCAGAAAAAAAGGAGUUAUCAAUCACUGGCCUCAUUCCUGAUGUUUUUGUGAAAUAGCUGCAUUUGGAUGAAUCCAUCGAAUGCGCUCUUUGAGGACUGUUUGCUGCAGAACUUGGAUGAUUCUCCUCAUAAUUCUCUGCAUCUCCCUUUUUUAUUAUUAUUAUUAUUAAUAAUGUUAUUUGUUGAUAAUAAAAUGUUUAUAUUUAACCACAGUGUUGUUAUGUGACUAAUCACACCUCCUCCGUUUUGCGUAUCUCUGAGAUUUAUGGGCCUUCGUCACCACUUUAUGCCUUGGUUUUGCAACUUCCCCAU